CUCCCAUUGGCUGCCCUUCCCUUUGUGUGCCAGGCAGCUGCAGUCCCAGCUCCACAUUUGAAUGUAUAUAGGGGAUUGGAAGGGACCAUUUCCAUGGGCCAUCUGUCUCCCAGCCAGCAGCAGCCCCGCUCCCACCUCCACCCAGGAGCAGCACAACAAAGGGACCGCAGCCGCAGCAGCAGGCAGGCAGGAUGGUUCUAGUGCACGUCGGCUAUCUUGUUCUUCCAGUGUUUGGCUCUGUACGAAACAGAGGUGCUCCUUUUCAAAGGUCUCAGCACCCUCAUGCUACCUCCUGCCGGCACUUCCAUCUGGGCCCCCAACCUCAGAUCUCAGCUGACUUCCCUCUCCCUCACCCUGUCCAGCCGCAGCCAGGGCUGAACCCUCACAUGGCGACGGCUCACCAGCAUAACGGCCCACUACACCAGCCCCUACCACCUCUGCCAGCCCUGCCGUUUCAGGAUGUGACAGGACCCUCCUUCCUACCUCAGGCGCUACACCAGCAAUACCUCCUCCAGCAGCAGCUCCUCGAAGCCCAGCACCGCAGGCUCAUGCCUCAUCCAAGGCGGACUCAGGAGCGCAUGUCUGUUCAACCUCAUCGGUUACACCCAGGCUUUGACUUCGGCCACCAACUGCAAACUCCUCAACCCAUGGGGCCCCAGCCCAGGUAUCUAGCUGAAGGCACAGACUGGGAUCUUAGUGUUGAUGCUGGACUGACGCACGCCCAGUUCCAGGUCAGGCCAGUUCCUCAGCACUAUCAACAUUAUUUAGCUACGUCUAGAAUGCACCAUUUCCCCAGAAACACAUCUUCAACGCAGAUGGUUGUCCAUGAAAUCAGAAACUACCCUUAUCCUCAGCUUCAGUUACUUGCUCUUCAGGGACUGAAUCCAAACAGGCACACGUCUGCCGUAAGAGAAAGUUAUGAAGAGCUGCUGCAGCUGGAAGACAGAUUAGGCAGCGUGAACCGGGGAGCUGUGCAGAACACCAUUGAGAGGUUCACUUUCCCACACAAGUACAAAAAGAGAAGACCACAGGAAGAAAAAGCUGAGAAGGAGGAGGGGGAGGAGUCAGACACCGAUGAGAAAUGCACAAUCUGUCUGUCUAUGCUUGAAGACGGAGAAGACGUGAGGCGUUUACCUUGUAUGCAUCUAUUUCACCAAGUGUGUGUGGAUCAGUGGCUAGCAACCAGCAAGAAGUGCCCGAUCUGCAGAGUGGACAUUGAAACACAACUUGGCUCUGACAGCUGAAAGAACCAAUGCGGUGCACCAUUUUCCUUACCAGGUCAUAUGGCCAUAAGCCUUUGCAGCAAAAUUUUGCCUUCUGAGCCAUUUGAUUUAGAGGAAAAGUCUGCAAGCACAUUAGCGAAAAGGAGGAAUUGGUGGUACAAUAUCUAGUGGUAGGAGAGGAUCCUAACAGCCAUAUUGGUCCAAUGCAUGGGGCUGGUAUUCCCAGAGCUAGAAGGCCCUGUGCUACAGAAGAUUUAGUAUCGAACAUGAAGGAACUAGUGUGUGGUUAGUCUGGCCUGUCAAUCCUGGAUUUCACAAGGAUUGUAUAUAUACCUCUCGAACAAGUAGACACAUGUUAGGGGGUCUUUAGCUAUUUCUGUGGACAGCAACUGGAGCAUGUUAGCUUAAGAAAUGUUGUGUUUGGUGCCCUAGUCAUCUUGUGGUGGACAUGUCGCUGUUAACCUAAUUUGCACCAAAUAUUUUUUUCAUAGAUUCCUUAUUUUGGUGCCUGACUGAAAUGUGGCAGAGGAAAAAAAAAAAAAAAAGUUAAAUCUUCCCUCCUUUAGGAAAAAGAGGUGAUAUAGCAAAUUCCUGUUUACAGUUAGAAGGAUUGUGCUCUUUGCCUCGUCUGCAUUUAUUUCUUUGAUUAUGUUUACAGUGUGUUGCUAAUUUAGAGAAGCCUAAAAAAAAAAAAAAUCAUUGGAAUGAAAUGAACAAAAUGAUAGAGAGAAGUUUUGUUCUUGCUUAUCUGCUGGUGCUGGACACUUUAUAUAGGGCAGGAUCCUGGGACUGACUCUGCUUCUCUUGCUUCCAUAGCUUAACGAUGUACUUUGGGGCACAGCAUCCAAGAAGGGCCAUUCGGUGUUCUAUUAUUGUAAUUUUUCAUACCACUGUCUCAUCUUCCAGUGCAAUUGCAAUGGCUCCUGCAAUCUGUGCGGCCCACUGAUGUCAAUGGGAGCUGCAGGUGGUUCCACGUUUCUCCAGACCAGGCCCAGAAUUCCCCAGCAGAAGUUGUAUCAGAUGGCACCACACUUGUGGUGAAAGAUCCAUUGUCUGCCUGCUGGAGAAAGAAAACCUAUUAAGCUGGUCAUAGUCAUUGGAUCCUGCAAGAGUUUUUUGGAGGACUAAUUGGCCAGGAAAUGUGCUUGCAAUGUGAUGAGAAAUGCAUUUUUGCUUCUCUCAGAAACAAAAGCACAAACCAUAUGUUCUGCUAAAGCAGGUAUCCAGAAGGGGGAAAAUUGAACACAACUAACAUGCCCUUCUUACAAUUAAAUUCCUAAUCUCAUGGUCUUCUUUGGCUAGCAGUCUAAGAAAUUUCAAGUGAUCUAAUUAAACGCUCUGGAGCUGUGCUGCCAUCUAACCUCCUUUUCAGGCUCCCGGAGGCAAAGGAGAAAAGGGAUUGAUUCAAGUUGCAUCCUGCACUAAAUUUCUUUCUGCUGCUCUUUGCUUUUGCAAUUUACAUGAAAUAGCAGCUUUUGUAGCUUAGAAAGUAAGAAUAAGAGAGGAGAUUACAGCUCAGGUGGAAUUCUGCGGGUUUUUAAGAAAUCCACUUUUUUCUUCAUACCUUGCUGUGGAAAAUCUCAGAUUGUUGUUCUGAUGACAAGAUGCGGAGUAGAAUAGCAGGAUAGUUCAGUCAUGUUGUACGUAAGAAAUUGCUGAGAAUGUGAAAAUUUCAGUACAGGAUGGGAAUUUAGAUGUAAGGGAUAAUUUACUACUUGCUCUGAAUUUUAAACUAUAAACGCGUAUGUGUGUACAUCUACAAAAACACACCUGUAUAAUAUAUAUGAACUGUGUGAGCUCUGAAAUGAAAUGGACACUAAUUUGGCAGGCUCCGUUAUAAUUAGGAGCAAAAUAAAGAUUAGAAGUAAUCAAUGAAGUGCCAAAAUUAAUGGAGCUUUCUGAGCCACAUUCCAUUUCAAAUAAAUAUUUCAGAUUAUUUGCCACGAGAGAUAUUGAAUUAAGUGCAUGUUGACUCUUUACUCAGUCUUCUUUAUCUGACAGCUCUCGGGAGGAUUGGAAUCAACAGCCAAGAUUCUCUAGGCUUUUAAUACAUUUUUCAUGUACUAGGGGAGCAAAGAAGUGUCUAGAGGAUUUUUAAUCAGAAACAUAUAUUUAAGAUGCUUAUAUGGAGGAUGAUUUCUCGUUCCCAUGAGUACCUGUUUUGUAGGCGCUAAGUAAUGUUUUGUAAGUGGAGAUGAACAUAAAUUACCCUUGGAGAGAUCAUAGAAUUCCUGCGAGCUGUAAUUGGAAAAUGCUGACCUCCCAGAUGCUCAUGAUCUAUUUUUUUCCAGUCUGGCAAAUAAAGUUAAUGAUAGGACCAGGACGAGUGACUGCAUCAGCACUGGCACAGGAGAAGCUCUCCAAUUCACUUCAGUAAUUUCACCCAGGGUCGCCAUCUCUUCAGCAGAUUUGUCUUGCUAGACACAGGUAGUGGCGUGGGGAAGGGGGGAGAUAAUAACUUACAAUGGCAGGUGAAGAAGAUGCAAUCUAUAAAUAUUUAUUUAUAACUGCUGUUCUCCUCCUGUAUGUGUGGGUGAUGAGAACAGUGUCAGGAGGGGGACAAGAUAACCGGGGCAGGUAACCACUCCUGCAAAACUCCGCUCUGAAAAAUUCUAGCACUGUUUAAUUUUGCCUCAAGAUGACAUUAGACACAUGUGGUCAUUUCUACUUUAUCUUGUUGAACAUGAUGGUCUGAGCCCUUAGACUCGAAGGGUCGAGUGCCUGGGUCAGUAAAUAGCCUGAGCCUCGCUCCAGCAGCAGCAGAUUCAUACAUCAUUAAAAAAUAAUAUAACCAAGCAAAACAAGACAUUGCUCUUUAGAUGCACUGUAACUCAUCAUGCGUUAUAGCCUGGCCCUGCCAAUGCCGAGCUUGUCCUGGGAGGGGCUGAGGAUCCUCUAAUGAAAUGAAUGGGAAUUACAGCUACUCAGCACCUUGCAGGUGGUGCUCAGAACCUUUCAAGACCGGGGACUUGCUUGGAAUGAACUAUUCAGUGGGGAGGAAGUGAGCUCUUCCGACCCCUGUGUUUUACGUCUAUGCGAAAGUAUUAUUAUUUGCCUAAUGAACAAGCACAGUUUUUAAACCAGUGAAGAAAGCACCAAACUUCCACGGUCUGUGUGAGUGAGUGAUACAGUGGCACGCGAGCGCUUGUAACGUCUGAAAUUUGCAUUUGGUGUGUCAGGUUCCCUUGUCUUUAAAUAGCUUGUAUGAGUAGAAUGAGCUAAUAGAGUGAUUUUUUUUCAAAACAAAACAAAACAAAUCUCUAGAAACAAAACAUAGUUUACAGGGUUUUGUGAGUUUAAAUGCCUUAUAUUUAACAAUCAUAAUUUAUGACUAACUUGUAGAUAUUGUGGGUUCUUAUUUAAUUAUUUUUAUAGUUGUUUUUGCAUUUUUAAUUAUAAUUUAUUUAUUUAGAAAUUA